AUGACGCGCGCGCAACAGACAAUUUCCAUUGGCCUCUUGGUCUCUUCCCUCUACUUUGCUCUCUUCCUAGAGCUCAUCCCUCUUCCUCCCCUCGUCCAGCAAGAAAUCGUCCCAGUCCUUCCCUUUUGGGCUCUCAUCUCCUUCGGCGCGUUCCUGCUCUUCCGCCUCGGCUGGGGCGUCUUCACGUUCAACGAUGUUCCGGAUGCGCACAAGGAGCUGAUGGCGGAGAUUGAAAUGGCCAAGGUCGAUCUGAGUAAGCUGGGCGUUGACGUGGACUAG